AUGAACGCCUCGCAGGCGGGCGCUACGGCCGAAGCCGCGUGGCUGAGCUCCUGCUGCAACCAGUCGGGCGUGCAGCCGGAGGUCCCAGAAGGGCCGCGCCUGGUGCAGGCAGCUGUGCUGAGCGUGCUGGCACUGCUCGUUCUCUGUGGGGUCCUGUUCCUCGGAGGUGACCUCCUCCUCCGAGCCCAGGGCCUGACUGCUCUGUUGGCCCGUGAGCCGCGCACAUCCCCUGAGGCUGAGCCCGGCAGCGACGACUCCUAG